AUGAUUUGCUGUUGCGCGUUUGCGCCAGCACCAAUUAUAACACCACCAGAGACGUCAUUGCCGUUGCUAUCACCGUUGCCGUCGCCGUUGCCCUUGCAGUUGACGACAACAUCCACACUGAUGUCACUGUCUCUAUCUUCGUCGCCGUCGCCCUCAUACGCAUUACCUACUACUACGACCGCAACCAACACCAUUGGCAGCAGUAGCAUAGUGGUGGCAGCGGCGUUGGCGGAAUUGGAUGGAGUGCAGUGUACAUCAGUGCGUAAACCAUUGGCGGCAACAAAAACCACUUCGCUACCGUUGCCGUUGCUGUCGCAUAAGCGUACGACGCGUUCGGUGUCGGGCGGCGCAGUGACGCCAUCAUCUACGGCGGCGGCGUCGUCGACGGCCGGACAAACGCUAUGCUGGCGCAAUACGCUGCGUCGCAUGUUUCAGCGCAAGUGA